GAGAGAGAAAGAAACAGUCGACAACUAGUGGUAUGUGUACAUGAGACAGUUGUUCGUUCUCGCGUUCUCUGUGUGUCGUCAGCCAAAAAUAGACAAAUGCACGACGAGCGCGCGUCGUCGUCGUCGUCGUCGUCGACGGUGGUUCCUCGCACCUUCUGCCCGUUCUGUUCAUCGACGAUGAUGCUCGUUGGCUGUUGAGAGAAACGAGAGCGCAGCUACGAGAUCAGCGAUCUCCGGGGGAGAUGGAGGUGCUCAAGACGUCUCAGGAGAUCGUCCACGAAGGAUGGCUCAUCAAAUCUCCGCCCACGAAACUCUGGAGAGCGCGAUGGAGGAAACGCUGGUUUGCUCUGCGUCAUAGCGGCGAGCUACCUGGCCAGUACUUUUUGGAGUAUUAUACGGAUAAACGUUGUCGCAAACUCAAAGGUCGUAUCGAUCUGGAUCAGUGCGAGCAGGUAGACGCAGGCCUCCGUUUCGAGAAUCGAAAGCAGAAGUACCAGUAUAUGUUCAAUGUAAAGACGCCUAAGAGGAUCUACUAUUUAGUUGCUGAGAAUGAAUCUGAUAUGAACAAGUGGGUGGAUGCUGUGUGCCAAGUUUGCGGUCUGAAAGCGUACACUCAGGAUGAGGAGCAACAAAUGUUUCCUUAUGAGUCCCAAGAAUCACCACCGACUUCACCCACUAGCACGAUUUCUGGUCCAUACAUUCCCAUCAGUGAAUGCAUUUCUGGCCGUCGACUCAAUGACACCAGCUCCUUGAGUUCAGCCCUCUGUCAAGGUCCUGAACAUUACGAUGCUCCAAGAAGGUUGGCACCCUCACCACCUCGGUCACCAACGACGACAGAUGCCGAGAGUGUGUUUACCGAUGAUGAGUGGACAACGCCUGUGCCUAGUGUGAAUUGGGAUACGUUUCCUUCAACGGGUGACUCACGACCAUCUCAUGGCUUGAGUGACGCCGAGAUCGGUUCGUGGAGCGUGAAGAAACGCUUUGGUAAACUGAAGAUUGUUGACUCUGCGGUGCCGCCGGCCGUGGAGAAGUUACCAGCUCCACCUAGACCGCCGAAACCACCUCACAUGUUGCCGGAGAACCCCGGACACAAUUAUUUGAACCUGGACGGUGCCACCGAGAGCUCGAAACCGACCACUCCGGCGACACCGGCGCCGACAACGCCAGCCGCGACAGCCACAGCCGCCGUUACCGACGAGUCGUACGACUUCCCGAGAUCUCAUCAACCGGCGCAAUCAACGGCGAGUGUGGAGAGCACGGUAAUCGAUCAGUCGUCGAAACACUUUUAUUCGAACGCCGCGCCCAGCACCGUCGACGACAACGCGCAUGUGUUCCGUUAUGAUUUCCACGAGGAUGAGCCGCCGAGUCCGCGCUCCGAGAGCUCGACUACUGCGACCUAUUCAAACUUGCCGAGCCCGCUCGUGCGAGACAGUACGAGCGCUGUGCCGACGACCAUGCCGCCGCCGCCGCCGGUGGUGUACCGGGAGCUGAAGCCGGGUAGGAAAACCAGCGACUCGAUGUCCGUUGUCAGCAACGAACCGUCCCCGGGUCCCACGAUAGCGGUGGGCGAGGUGAGCUCCACCGAGCACUCGCCGGCUGAGCCGCCGAGUAUCAACAGGAAGUUGAAGCCGCCGUUAAAUAAAUCGCCGGUGGAAGGACCCUUGCAAUUAGCCUCUCCGCCUGGCAAAGGAAGGAUGAGAGCAGCGCCCAGUCCGACGCCCCCGUCGCAUGUGCAUGCGACACGUCACCAAUCGACAUCGGACGAAGACAACAAUGCCUUCGAAGAUAAAGAAGAGAUAUACUACUAUCAAGACCACAACACGUUCAUUCCCGCGUCCAAUCGUCGCUUAGUCGUGCUGCAGUAUUUGGAUCUCGACCUGGAGGCGACGGAGAGCUUCAGCUCGUCGACGUUACCCUUGGCGCAGUCGCCGCCGAACACAACCGUGUACAAAACCGUGGAUUUCCUGAAGACCGAAGCUUUCAAUCGUACCCGGCAACGGGUCGAGCGGGAGAGGAAACUAUGCACGGACGGUUAGCGCAAGAGAUCGUUGUAUCACACACGGUACUGGAUGAAUCAUGCGGAUAUAUCGAGCGAGUUAACGACAGUUCGCGCAAAGAACUUCCUCUCGUCUAUUGAAGAGAGAAAGAUAGAGAGGACGGAAGGUCAUGGGACUUGCUCGUAUAUUUCAGCGUUAUAAAACGCAUAUGUAAAACAGUACUGCAGCGACGUAGUAUAUCUCCCAGAUGAAAGACUGCGAUGUAAAUGCAGUACUUACCGUAAGACAGCAUCCAGUGCUUCUGCAGAGCGCAUCUUAUCGUUUAUGUAGCAGCGGCUCGCUUUAUAAAUUGGCUAUGCAGUUAGGAGAGAGAUUGGUUGCCGAAGCGUUGUACAGCAAUAUAAAAUGGACCAAAAAUCUAAUGUUACUAGGUAAGAGAGGGGCGGGGGGGGGGGGGAGCGAGGGAAUGUAGGUAAGUGCGAUGAGCGAGAGGGAGAACGCCUUUGCAUUGACCAGAGUUUUCGAAGGAAGACUCCCUCGACGGAGGCUUCUUCGAUUAGAUUAAGUAUUAUACAAGUCGUAAAGAUUCUUAUAUCCGGGUACAAUUAAUGGUUUUACGUUAGUUUGUAACGUAGGGUUAACGCGCAAGGCAUUUUUAUCGUCAACUGUGCAACGAAUGCUUAAUUGGCGAAUUUGAUGAACGAAAUCUGUGGCGGACUCCGUUCAUUGAACCCGCUCACAUUGAGGACAUCCUAUUUUCUAUAGCAUUAGGUGAAUAACAUAUGAUAUUUUUUUUAUCAUGUCGCACGCCAAACACAGAAUCAGUUUCGCCAAGGCAAUCGAAGAUGUGUGUAUACGACGUCAGGGGAAUCGUCACAACGUCAACGUCAAUUGUCGCGACGUCAGUGAGAUUGCACAGUAAAAAUGCAUCGGAUUUUAACACGUAGAUUCUAUCGUCGGAAACUAGUCCAGCAUCAUUGACUAUUUUGAACUUACCAUAUGCCUUGGUUGCGAGACACAAAGAUGCGAUUUUUAAUUUUUAUCUUUAUCUCAGAUUUACAUUUCUUUCCGCGAAGCGCAAUCGAUCCGAACUUCAGUUACUACACACACACACACACACACUCGAUACUUUGCGAUUUGCACGUCUCUCGCAAUUGUUUGCUAGUAACUAGGAGACAUGAUCAACGUGAAAAAGAAAAAAAAAGAAGAAAAAUCAGGAUGUAAAGAUGUGUAUCAUAGUUGACCUCCAACUGUUCUUAACUGUAAACGUGUAUGCCAUAAAUGUAUAUGUAUACGUAUACGCACAUACAUAACAUACAUAUACACGCGCGCGCGCACAUACACACACACACAUACACACACGUGCGCGUGUACACUGACAACGCAAUUUUAUUUUUGUAAUAACGCUGUUGUAAUUGUAAAGGAAAUUGUUAUAUCAUUGUGAAUUGAUUGAAUGUAUAGCUCGAUCGUAGUCUUCUCAUACAUACAAGAGAUAUUUUUCCUAGUUUCAAAUUAGAGUACAUGUAUAGCGUAGAACUAUUUUAAUGUUACGGACUGAGUUUGUAGCAAAUCGCAGGAUGAUGAAAACUUGCCAAAUCUUGCAGAUUCGGACUGAUCGCGGCAUCAGUUCAAACGUAUAAUAGUUGCUACGAAUUCAUUCUUGUAUUUUUUACAUUACGUACAUGCUCAUCAAGCUUGUGAAGUCGAUGGAUGUUGUCGAAAAUCUUGCAAUAUAUUACUCGUACGAGUCGAAUAUCGUGUUCUCCAAAUCGCUCAAACGUCGAUUAUUAUCCUGUAGUCAUGUUUUAUAUGUUGACAUUAAUGUUAUCGAGUUCUUCUGUUCGUCAGGAAAGGAAGAUAGCGUUGGAAUCGAUGCAACGUUUCACAACAAACAUAUCCUGUAACAUUUCAUAUCGACCAAAUAUUUGUCACUCUGUAGUGCGAAUUGUAUAUCCCACCAAUUGUAAGAUAGAUAUAAAUAGGUUGGUUUAUUCCUUUUGUUUAUACAUUGGACGGCGCAUCACGCGUGUACAUUGCAUAUCAUUAAAAAGAUAUAAGCACCAA